AUGUUUUCCUUCUUUUUCACUGAUAUCCAUCGCAAGGCCAGAAUAAAUUCAUAUCUGGUUAUUUAUCUCACACUGUUCUUAUCUAUCUAUCUAUCUAUAUAUCUGAGUAAAUUCAUAUCUAUCUAUCGAUCAAUCUAUCUCACUCUGUUCAUAUCUAUCAGAAUAAAUUCAUAUCUAUAUUUCUAUCUAUCUCACUCUGUUCAUAUCCGAGAAAAGUCAUAUCUAUCUACCUGUGUAAAUACAUGCAUAUCUAUCUAUCUAUCUAUCUAUCUAUCUAUCUAUCUAUCUAUCUAUCUAUAUAAAUAUACAUUUCAGCGUCUAGAGUACAGCACUGCAGCCCUUACAGGACUAGAUUAUUGCAGGCUGGGCUCCUCGAUUACUGCGGGUUGGGCUCUUCGAUUACUGCGGGCUGGGCUCCUCGAUUACUGCGAGUUGGGCUCCUCGAUUACUGCGGGCUGGGAUCCUCGAUUACUGCGAGUUGGGGCUGUGAGCGGGGAUCCUCAAUUACUGCGGGCUGGGCUCCUCGAUUCUUCGAUUCGACUGCGAGUUGGGCUCCUCGAUUACUGUGAGCUGGGCUCUUCCUGCGGGUUGGGCUCCUCGAUUACUGCGGGCUGGGCUCCUCGAUUACUGCGAGUUGGGCUCCUCAAUUACUGCGAGCUGGGCUCUUCGAUUACUGCGGGCUGGGCUCCUCGAUUACUGCGGGCUGCGCUCCUCGAUUACUGCGAGUUGGGCUCCUCAAUUACUGCGAGCUGGGCUCUUCGAUUACUGCGGGCUGGGCUCCUCGAUUACUGCGUGCUGGGCUCCUCGAUUACUGCGAGUUGGGCUCCUCGAUUACUGUGA